CAGCGGUCACCUGGGGCUCGUGGGGCAGUUAGAACGCAGCAGGGCAGGAGUGCUCGCCCGCGGAGGUGGGAGCUGAGGCCCCGGACACGAGGUGUCCCGGAGCCGUCUCGGAGAGUGGCCGUCUCGCGCCUCUCAGCGGCAGAGGAUGCGGGAGCGCAUCUGGGCGCCGCUGCUGCUGCUGCUGUUGCCAUUGCUGUUACCGCCGCCGCUGUGGGGCGGCCCCCCGGACAGUACACGCGCGGAACUGGAACCCGAACCCGGGCCUCUGCAGCCCUUCGACCUGCUCUACGCCAGCGGCGUGGCUGCCUACUACAGCGGGGACUACGCGGGAGCCGUGCGCGACAUGGAGGCGGCGCUGCGCAGCUACCGGCGCCUGCAGGAGAUCCGCGCGCGCUGCGCCCGCCACUGCGCUGCACGCCGCCCGCUCGCUCCUCCCGGCGCCGGCCCCGGGGGCGAGCUGCCUUUCUUCCGCGCCUUGCUGGAGCGGGCGCGCUGCUACCUUAGCUGCGAGACCCAGCGCCUCGGGGGACCCGCGUCCCGCCACCGCGUCAGCGAGGAUGUGCGCAGCGAUUUCCAGCGCAGAGUACCCUACAACUACCUGCAGCGGGCUUACAUCAAGCUUAACCAGCUGGAAAAAGCAGUGGAAGCGGCCCACACCUUUUUCAUGGCCAACCCUGAGCACAUGGAAAUGGAACAGGACAUCGAGAACUACAGAACAAUGGCUGGUGUGGAAACAUCCCAGCUGGUCGAUAGAGAAGCCAGACCGCAUCUGGAGAGUUACAGUGCAGGGGUUAAACACUAUGAGGCUGAUGACUUUGAGCGGGCUAUCAAGUACUUUGAACAAGCUUUAAGAGAGUAUUUCAGUGAAGAUAUGGAGUGCCGAGCUCUGUGUGAGGGGCCUCAGAGAUUUGAAGAGUAUGAGUAUUUAAGGUAUAAAGGGGGCCUCUAUGAAGCCAUUGCAGAUCACUACAUGCAGGUGCUGGUUUGUCAGCAUGAAUGCGUGAGGGAACUUGCCACUCGCCCUGGCCGACUCUCACCAAUUGAGAACUUUCUUCCCCUGCAUUAUGACUACCUACAGUUUGCCUACUAUCGAGUUGGUGAGUACGUGAAAGCCUUAGAGUGUGCCAAGGCCUAUCUUCUGAUCCAUCCAGAUGAUGAGGACGUGCUAGACAACGUGGAUUACUAUGAAGGUCUGUUGGACGACAGCAUCGACCCAGAAAACAUCGAGGCUAGAGAAGAUUUGGCAAUGUUUGUGAAGCGUCAUAAGCUGGAAUCCGAACUGAUAAAAUCAGCUGCAGAGGGCCUGGGAUUUUCAUACAGUGAACCGAAUUAUUGGAUCAGAUAUGGAGGACGACAGGAUGAGAAUCGGGUCCCUUCAGGAGUGAGUGUGGAGGAGGCAGAAGUUCAUGGAUUGUCAAUGGGAAAAAAGUCAUCACCCAAGAUAGAACGAGACCUAAGAGAGGGUGGCCCCCUGCUCUACGAAAACAUCACGUUCGUCUAUAAUUCAGAGCAGCUAAACGGGACUCAGCGGGUUCUCCUGGACAAUGUCCUGUCAGAAGAACAGUGCCGGGAGCUCCACAGCGUGGCCAGUGGAAUCAUGCUUGUUGGUGAUGGAUACAGAGGAAAAACUUCACCCCAUACUCCCAAUGAAAAGUUUGAGGGUGCGACUGUCCUGAAAGCACUCAAGUUUGGUUAUGAAGGUCGAGUUCCACUGAAGAGUGCUCGUCUGUUCUAUGACAUCAGCGAGAAGGCUCGAAAGAUCGUAGAAUCCUAUUUCAUGCUGAACUCAACCCUGUAUUUUUCCUAUACCCACAUGGUCUGCAGAACAGCCCUGUCUGGUCAACAAGAUAGAAGAAAUGACCUCAGCCAUCCCAUCCAUGCUGACAACUGUCUGUUGGAUUCAGAGGCCAAUGAAUGCUGGAAGGAGCCUCCUGCAUACACAUUCCGGGACUAUAGUGCUCUCUUGUACAUGAAUGAUGACUUUGAAGGAGGAGAAUUCAUAUUCACUGAGAUGGAUGCUAAGACUGUGACUGCCUCUAUAAAACCAAAGUGUGGGCGUAUGAUCAGCUUCUCCUCUGGAGGAGAGAACCCUCACGGAGUGAAGGCAGUCACCAAGGGGCAGCGGUGUGCCGUGGCUCUGUGGUUUACCUUGGAUCCACUUUAUAGAGAAUUGGAGCGAAUACAGGCCGAUGAAGUGAUAGCUAUCCUGGAUAAAGAACAGCGAGGAAAGCAUGAACUGAAUAUCAACCCCAGAGAUGAGCUGUAAAAAUGAGAAAGAAUGUUCUAUCAAAUAUUUAUUUAAAUUGUUAAUCUUAUCAGAACCUUUUUAUUUUUGUACAGAGCCGUGGUAUAAAUUAACAGGUGAAUGUGAGUCACCAGAUCUCCCUUCUGUUCCCAAGGAUGCUUGCUUUGCCUCACUCAGUCUCUCUCCUGGUUUUUCAUCAUUCAUCUCUCAAAGCCCUAUCAUAGCCCUCCUCACUCCCCAAUGCAUUUGCCAUGAAUCUCAAAGUUCAAACAGGAAGAAUAAGUCCAUCCUGUGUGCCCCAGUUCUAAAAUCAGAGUGGGAUUUAGUCUCAGAAGACCUUUCUGGCUCUGAGCCCUUAAGCCACAUCCUCUCAGUGCUGAUGGCCCUGAGCUCUGCUCACCAUGAGUCUGAGGAGCCUCUGGCAGAGUCUGCAGGGCCUCAGGUAUCCCUGGCAUAACCACACUGAUCAGUACCACAUGCGAUAGAGGGGGUUCCCACCCUUUCCAGGGCCAUGGUGGAGUUUUGGCCUCUGGUAUUUUCACCAGAGAACAAAUCACACUGGAAGCUUCGAUUUACCUGCCACAGUGCUAUGGAAAGGACUGCUCUGUGAGUUAUAUCUUUAAAAAACGUCCAAUAGAGGCUGAAGUAAAAGGGCUCCUUGCCCCAUUGCCUUUGGGAGAAAAUCUGUAGCCCCACGUGGAUCAGCAUGCCAUUGCCUGGUUGCUGGAGAGUCGGGUCCACUGACAAAAAGGGGUGCCGUGUACUUUUCUCUGAUUGAUUCUGGUUUUCAUCUGUGUAUAUUUAGGCAGCCCCUCCUCUUUGCUGUUAUCCACCACACAGAUUGAUGCUUGUGUCUAAUUUAUUUAAUAAGGGGAGUCUUAUUUUAAUAUCUGACAUUUAUCAUGAGCCUCCCUAAUAGGUGGUUUAUCUUCAGUUAAUGGUUUUGUGGUCCCACUGGAGCUUUUGAGACAACCCAGGGGCAGUGCUGGGCCCUCACUGGUUUUGCUGGCGCACACUCCAGAGCCUGAAGGAAGGUGGGGAGCGCUGCCUCUGAAAAAACAGAGAUGCUUGGCAAACAGGACUUUAAUCCAGAGACUCUCUGGUCCUUGGCCCCAAUUCCAAGAGAGUGCUGCAAAGACAUGGCUCAGAGGGGUUGUGCCAGCACAGGGGAACCAGUCUACACCAACUAGCAGGACAGCACGUGAAUUUGGGAUGAGCAGGGCAGAGGUAACCCUAAAGAAAACCUAGAAUCAAAACAUUUUCUAAACUUCAGAUCUCUUUGUGAUUUUGGUUAGUGGUAAGAACUUUCAUCCUUUGAGGCCAAAACAUUGAAUUAUAGUGAUAUAUGGGCUAUCUAUUUUCCACCCAACCUUCUGGUUGCAUUUUCAUCAUGGAACAGUGGGAAGAACAUUAGAUUAUAAUUCCAGGCCCAUGAAAUUUGGCCUGCUGUGUGGCCUGACCUAAUCUCUGUCCCUCUCUGGGCUUCAAUUUCUUGCUCUGAAAAUGACUUAAUUUAUUGUAAUUGUUUCCAAAAGCCCUUCCUCUUGUUCUAAGUACAAAACAAAACAAAACAAAAAUAAAACUGAUCUUAGAAACA